UCUAUAUGUCCCACUUUCAACAUAACCCUGACUAAAACUACUCGACUAGAUCUAGAUCUAGCUAGCUUUAACGACUAGAUCUAGUACUAUUACAACUAUUAGAUAUCUUUUAUCUAGAUCUACUACGUAUUUACUUAAGGCGCAGGGCAGUAUUACUAGAUCUAGUCAAGUCAGUAGUAGUCACCCUUCUUUAAAAAAUAAAAUAAAAGUUCUAAGACAAGAACAAAUUCAGAAAUUCAUGAAAUCAAAUUGAAUUGAUGGAACUCACUACUAGAUUAAAAACAGAGAACUAGUUAAAAUAGUAAAAGAACUUAAGUAGACAGUCACAAUAGUGUGACAAUAGGGUCUAGCUAGAGGUCUAGUUCUUGAUCUACACACACUUUCUUAGCUACACCAGGCACCUCUAGGCACUACUGACAACUAGGGUGAAAUCUAUUACUAAUAUAGUAACUUACUUAACUAACUUCAGAAAUGAGCUUGAGACUCAAACUUUUUACCUUGAACAGUUGGGGACUUCCAUUUCCAAUUGUGUGUAAAAAUCGCAAUGAAAGGAUUUGUGCUAUUGGUGACUUUCUGCUGAAAAGUGAUUUUGACAUUGUUGUUCUAGAGGAGAUCUGGGUUAAGAGUGAUUUCCAAACACUAAAGCAGAAGUUACAGAAAAACCUACCAUAUUCCCAUUAUUUUUACAGUGGUGCAAUUGGCAGUGGACUCUGUGUCUUUUCCAAGUAUUUGAUAGCAGAAACCAGCUACCAUCGAUACCAUCUUAAUGGCCAUGCUCACAAGAUUUUCCAUGGUGAUUGGUUUGGUGGUAAAGGUGUUGGGCUUUGUAAAAUUCACGUGGAGCAGUGUUCCUUAGACAUUAACUUUUACUGCACGCAUUUUCAUGCUGAAUAUAAUCCUGAUAAAGAUGAGUAUGAGGCCCACAGACUCGCCCAGGCUUUUGAGCUUAGUCAGUUUAUCAGAAAUACUUUUCAUGGCUGUGAUAUGGCAAUACUGGCUGGAGAUUUGAACAUUACACCAUCUACCUUAGGCUACCAAAUCAUUACACACCAUGGUCACAUGAGAGACACCUGGACAGAAAAGCAAAACACAGUGGUAAAUGAGGCUAUGGGUACUUGUGAUGUGCCAGGAAAUACUUACACAGAAAAGUCUGGCCAAAAUGGAGAACGCAUUGAUUAUAUUUUGUUUAGGCCCAAAAAUUAUAUCAAAGUGGAAGUGGCUGAAUGUAACAUAGGGAUAGGAAAAAUUCCAUCAGCCAAUUUAAGCUUCUCAGAUCACGAGGCUGUAAUGGCCAGCCUUUCUAUCACUAGAACCAAUGACCAACAUGUAAAAGGCAACAGGCACGAACUAAGUGAAAGAGUUCAGGAAAAUCUCCAUGAAUCUUUGAUUGUGAUAGAUAAAGGAAAAAUACAAUGCAAGAGUGAAGAAAGAUUUUUCCAAAUUGUUGUUGUUCUAUUGUCACUUGUUCUCUACAUCCUCAACAACUACAUUAACAUGUCCGACUACAACGAGGGAGUUGUUUUAUCAGUCACCCUAGCAACCACCAAGCUGCUUCUGGCUCUAGGCAUAGGCUUCUCAGUGUGGACAGCCCUCAUAGUCAAGCGGGCUGAGCUACAUGGGCUGGAGGCAUGUAAGGAAGACAUUAAGAAACUGCUGCAGCUCUGAUGCCUGUUUGUUUACAUUUUUGUUUAUGCCAGCUCAAAGAAAUUCCAGAGAGUGAUAUUUUGUUUCAUGUUAAAUUUUUAUGUAUGUUUUUUAACUGUUACUGUUUUGUAAUAAUUUCCUUUUAUGUAGACCUAAGCAUACUAUCUAAAUUAUUUACAUAUUAUAUUCUCUAUUCUACAUUGUUGCAUAUAUUAUUAUUAAAGAUUUUAUUGUAAUUUACAGUGAUAUAAUGUUAAGUACUGUUACUAAAUAUAGUCAAGUGUUGAAUGCUAUGACUUUAGAUUGAAAAUGGUGUACGUGUUUUAUGAA